AUGAAGGUCACUCUAUUAUUGAAGGCUCAGCUCUCUCCUGUUAGCUACACAACUAAGAAGUCUUUCCAAAGACAGCUUAAUCGCUCACCAUUUACAGCUUUUCAAUAUUUCUUUCAACUUGAAGUUCAAAAACUGCAUAACGUCUCUAAAUAUGAGGAUAUCAUAAACUACGCAAGAGGGAAUACCAACUUCAAGAGGUUCAAAAGAAAUGAGUGGGACAGCAUGUCGCUAACCAAAAAGAGGCUGUACUAUGCUUCCUUCUGUCAAUCAAUGAAUAUUGAUAUUUGGAAGGUCAGUAAGGUUGAACUUGCCAAAAGACUAGAAAUUCCAAUACCAGUAAUGAGUGAGUAUUUACUUUUUAGAAAUAAGUUCAAGGUGAAAUUUGAUUCACGUUGGAGCUCUCUGGAAAGUAAAGCAUAUAAAAAUGUUUCAAGACCACCUACUAGGAAGACUGUGGUUACUGAAGUUUGUUCAAAAAACCGCACCAUCACAUCUGUCAACAAAAUCAAACCUCGGAAACGAUUAGUGGCGAUGAAGAGGAUUCCUCGUUCGGAGAAUUUUGCAAAAAAUCAUUCUCAUGAGGCUCAAGAGAAUCUUUAUGAUUAUAUGAAAAGGUUCCAACAAAUGUGCAAAGAAUGUCGGUAUGCUUGGAAUGAAAAAGUUGACUGUGAUCAAAAACUGGAAAUUAGAGAAAAAUUACAACUAUGGAGGUCAAAGUUUGAGAAGAUGAUGGAUAACGAGAUACAAAUUUUGCAGAAGAAUAUGGAUAUUAUGUCAAAAUUUAAUCCCAGAAGUGAGGCUUACUUUACAGCAAAUCACGAUUCUAGUACAUCGCAAAAUAACAUUCUUCCUAUGGCAUAUCUGCCAAAAAAAAAAUGA